AUGUUUAACAACACGGGCUACCAGGAGCUGCCAACGACAAUUGUAAAGGACAAAGCCGAGACCAAGGCUCAGAUUAUGCCCAGAAGAUGUCUCCGAAUGUCGACACGGGGCUUUUUACUUGUGCUCGCAACUAUUUUUCUGGUCCCUACUUUCCUUACUCUUGCAGCGCUUGAGGGUCGGCAAUACCUUUCUGAUGGAACAGCCGACGUAUUUGAGAUGUCCGAGGGCCAGGAACCUGUCCCACAAAGCGCCUCCGAAGUCGUCUCAGACAUUUCUCAAGAUUCAUUGCCUGCUGCUGACGCUGUCCCUGAUAUGCCUGACGCCGACACGCCCGAGGUCCCUGAAAUCGCUGAAGCCGGAGAGGUCAGUGAAAUCGGUGAGGCCUCUGAUGUCACUGAUACGGUCGAUGUUGCUGCUAUUCCCGUCUCACCCAGCCCUCCGAAAAUGCCAAAACUACUCUCUAACCGUCGCCUCGUCAUCCUCCUCCCCGCCAACGCCCCUGGUGUCAACUUGUGCAAAGCCAUGAUCACGGCAAUUGCCCUUGGAUACCCCACGCCCAUCAUCAUCAACUGGGGGAAGAGUGGUUCUCAUCUUGCAAAGAUCGGCGGUGUUCUCGACUACCUUGACUGGUCCGUCCGUCUCAAGUCCGGCCACAAAGAUCGCUUGGGCAAGGACGAUCUUAUCAUGGUGGCCGACAGUUCCGAUUCAUGGUUUCAGCUUCCUCCCGAUGUUCUGAUCCAGCGUUACCACGACCUCAAUGCCGAGGCCGAUGCACGCCUGCAGAAGGAAUGGACCGGUAGCUCCGAGAUGCCCAUGAAGCAGACCAUCAUGGUGUCGGCUCAGAAGAGGUGCUGGCCCCGAGCCAAGUCUGGCUCUAAUCUCCAUUGCGCUGAUCUUCCUGAGAGCCCUCUUCGUGAGGAUCUUUACGGACCAGACACGGACAAGGACCCUGAGAUGCGCAUGGUCGAUGUUCGCCCCAGGUACAUCAACAGUGGAGCCUUUGUCGGACCUGUUGGAGACAUGCGUCGAUACUUCCGCCGUGUACAAGAACGUUACGAGGCUGGUAAGGCUAUCCAAGGUGACCACUUCUAUAGUGAUCAGGGUUUCUUUGGCGAGAUCUGGGCAGAGCAGGAGAUCUGGCGCACGUGGAGACGUGAGCUCGGCGACAAGAUCGACCAGAACCUCAACGCUUCCAUCAUGGUUCGUGAUCAGUUUGAGUACCAUGUUGGCCUAGAUUACUUCCAAACCAUCUCCAUCCCUACCGUUUUCGAAGAGGAUGAUGGUGAUAUUGUCAAUCUCAACAACCAGACUCAUAUCGCCGAGCGAUCCAGAGAGCUUGAGAUUGAACCUGCUCGUCUCACUCGUGUCCCCGACGAGAUUGCGAAAGCCAAGAACCCUAUCGCCCGUCUCUUGAGUGACGAAGAUCGACCGAACCUUGACUGGGGCGACAUGAACUUCUACGCCGAUUUCUUCACCACAGCUAUCCCCGUCAACAUCCAUCACAACGCACACAUCAACAAUCUCAAGAGCCGUCGUGUCUUGUGGUGGCCCCGCAUGUGGUUCUUCCCUUACCUGCGGGACCUCGUCAUGGCUCAGCUCAGGCAGCGCAGACAGCAGCCUCUUGGGCGGGUCGAAACCCCCGAGGGUAAGGCUGUGUACUGGGGACUCCAAUCUUACAAGGAGGUCAGACGGUACAUGAACAACCAGAAGCAGUUGGUGACGACAGACUUUGACACUAUCUGCACGUCAAACUGGGCGAAGAAGGAAAAGCAGAAUUGGUGGGAUGUGGUGUUUAUGGACGAGAAGGGACCAUUGGAACUAUGA